AUGGCAGAGGACGUCCUCAGUACCACCCUGUCCGUGCCGGGAGCUGCCCUGCCUGUGCCAGGAGUUGCCCUGCCCAUUCCGACCCCGUCCCUGACCUUGGAGCAGAAGGCAGCCUUUGUCUUCGUCUUCUUCCUCUUCAUCUUCCUGGGCCUUUUGAUUGUCCGCUGCUUCCGGAUCCUGCUGGACCCGUACCGGAGCAUGUCCUCCUCCACCUGGACGGACUACAUGGAGAAAGACACUUCUGAUUACCGCCUCCCCUGA